AUGACAGUUAAAAAAAAAGAUGAAGACAAUAAAAAAGACCCAAUUCCACAACCUAAACAAAAGGGUGUUCCGAACGUUUUCGCAAGAUCAUUGUUUUGUUGGAUGUUGCCUGUGUUUUGGAAUGGAAAUAAGAGGGACCUAGAAGAGUAUGACUUAAGACCUACGAAAGCCAUCUAUGACUCUCAAGUUGUUGGGGAGAAAUUAGAAAUAAAUUGGUUACAAGCGGAGAGAGAAUCAAGACUGACUGGUACUAAACCAAGACUUUGGCGAGUGUUAACUAAGACAUUUAUAUUGUCCUACUGGCUCGGUGGGCUCAUGCUGUUAAUAUCUGUUGUUUUACAAACAGCGUCACCGUUGCUGUUUGCUGAAUUGUUACGACAUUGGUCGGUAGAUUCAACGAUGACCCGUGUAGAUGCCACGUAUUACGCACUCGGUAUGAUAUUAGCCAACUGGCUGGCUUCCUAUUUCGUCCACCAAAGCUUUCUACUCUGUCAGCAGUUUGGUAUGAAAAUUAGAAUUGCUACUAGUUCACUGAUGUUUAGAAAGAUAAUGCGUAUGGAUAAUAGUUGCCUUGGUGACACGACUGCCGGUAAAGUGGUGAAUUUAUUGUCCAAUGACAUGCAGCGCUUUGAUAUGACAUUCGCCUAUCUUCAUUUCGGCUGGAUCAUCCCCUUACAAGUGGCCGUUGUAAUAUACCUUGCAUAUAGUCAAGCUGGCAUUUCAGCUUUCUUUGCAUUCGCUACGUUGGUCAUAUUUGCACUUCCUAUUCAAGCUUUCGUGAGUCAUCUGCUGGGUAAGGUACGACUCCGUAAUGCUGGUAAAACAGAUGAGAGAAUUAAAGUUAUGAGCGAAGUUAUCAACGGAAUUCAGGUUAUAAAAAUGUAUGCGUGGGAGAUACCAUUUCAGAAAGUAGUGGCAGAGCAACGUAAGGCUGAACUGAAGGAAGUUAGAACAGCUACAAUACUAAGGACAAUAUUCUUGGGUUUCAUGUUGUUCACUGACAGACUGUCUCUCUUCUUUUCUGUGCUUGUAUUCAUAUUAACCGGUAACAGUUUGACUGCUAAUGUGUUUUACCCCCUACAACAAUUGCUGGCUGCAGUCCAAGUGAACUUAACAAGAUUGUUGCCAAUGGUGCUGUCUUUUACUGCAGAAAUGAUUGUCUCACUCAACAGAAUCGAGAAGUUUUUGCACAUGGACGAUCGUUCUGACUUGACUGAAGUUGCUGAUGUCAUGCAAACAUCUCACCUGUUCCGAAAUAUGUCAGAAAAAAAUGGCUCUUUAGGGUCAGAACCUGUUAAGAUACUCGCCUAUCGUCAGAACCCUGAAACAAUUCCACCCACUGAAAGCAAAGUAGUAGCUACUAGACAGCCAUCGAUUCGUAAGUUUAGAAAGAGUGUCUCGUGUAUAGAUGAUACAGCAGUAGUUAUUCACGAUGUAUCAGCAAGUUGGGUAGGAGAUCCAAAUAUUUUAGCACUUAAAAACAUCUCUGCUCGAAUUCGUAAAGGAAAAUUGUGCGCCGUCAUUGGAGCUGUGGGCUCUGGCAAGUCGUCAAUUUUGCAACUACUACUAAAAGAAUUGCCUGCAGCGACUGGCACUGUUUCAAUAAAUGGCACGAUCGCGUACGCCUGCCAAGAAUCGUGGCUGUUUCCUGACACUGUCCGAGAGAAUAUUCUUUUCGGUUCACCAUUUGAUCCACAAAAAUAUAAGAAGGUGUGCAAAGCAUGUGCUCUGGAGAAAGACUUCAAACAAUUCCCAUACGGGGACCAGACGUUGGUGGGCGAGAGGGGUGCGUCCCUCUCGGGGGGGCAGCGAGCCAGAAUCAAUUUAGCCCGCGCUGUUUACAGAGAGGCCGAUAUCUAUCUACUGGAUGAUCCUCUGUCAGCUGUGGAUGCUAACGUCGGCCCUGCCGACUAUAUCAUCGUUUUAAAUGAAGGGCAGAUAGAAAACAUGGGUACAUACGAUGAGCUCGUGUCUUCAGGUAAAGAAUUCGCAAUGCUGCUGUCUUCAUUAGAAGAGGGUAAAGAUAAGGACACUGAUAGCAUGGGGUCAAAGGGUGAAGAGAAACGACCUCGUCUCAAGGCUCAAGCUAGUAUCACUGAGGGAGGAGAAGAGUUACCGAAUUUCGAAGCUCAAAAGAUGGAAGAUGAAGUAAGAGCUUCAGGUAACCUGAAAUGGGAAGUCAUAGCUUCCUACUUCCGCUCGGGAGGCAGCAUUUUGUUUAUACUGUACACUUUUCUUGCCGUUGCACUGGCUACUGCUAGCGCCGUAGGUGUUGACUAUUGGAUUAGCUUCUGGACUAAUCAAAUGGCGGCAUACGAAGAAAGUAUGGCUGGUCAACUACCAGACCCUGAUUUGAAUACACAAGUGGGCCCCUUCACAACCGCUCAAUAUUUGAUGAUUUAUGGUGGUUUGGUUGGCGCCGUCAUUUUCUUUACCAACUUUCGUGUCAUCCCUGUCACUCAGCUCUGCGUUUCCGCUUCUCGAAAUCUACACAACAGCAUGUUUGGCGUCAUGUUAAGAGGAAUUAUGCGAUUUUUCGAUACCAGCUCAUCAGGUCGCAUCUUGAAUCGUUUCACUAAAGACAUGGGUGCCCUUGACGAGAUCUUACCAAGAACUUUAUUAGACGUGGUGCAGAUCUACGGAACAUUGAUUGGUAUUUUAAUACUGAACGCGAUUGCAUUGUACUGGACUCUCAUACCAACUGCCGUCCUGCUUACACUAUUCUUUUUCAUGGUGAAAAUAUAUUUAAAAGCAGCCCAAGGAAUCAAGAGAUUAGAAGGAACAUCCAAGAGUCCUGUUUUUAAUAUGGUGACAUCAUCUCUAAGUGGUAUUUCAACUAUUAGAUCAGCAAAUGCCCAAAAUAGACUCAUCCAGCAGUUUGAUGCAUACCAGAACUUACACAAUUCUGCAUGGAACGGUUUUUUGGCUGGUGGUUCAACAUUUGGUUUUUGGUUGGACACACUUUGUUUGCUAUACCUCACUGUCGUUAUCUUCGUGUUCAUCUUUGUUGACUUUGGUGACCUAAUACCUGUUGGCAGUGUGGGUCUGGCGGUAUCACAAAGCAGCACCCUAACUGUGAUGUUGCAACAUGGUGCGAGAAUGCUUGUAGAGUUUCUCGCACAACUUACCAGCGUAGAACGUAUUCUGGAAUACACUAAAGUUGAAACCGAGAAAAAUCUCUUCGAAGGACCUCUAGCUAUACCACCAAGCUGGCCAUCUCGGGGAAAUAUUAUCUUCCAAAAUGUUUCACUAAGAUAUGCGCCAACGGAAGCCCCAGUUCUCAAGAAUUUGAACAUUGAGAUCAAAAGUGGAUGGAAGGUGGGAAUAGUUGGACGUACUGGAGCGGGAAAAUCUUCACUCAUAUCGGCCUUAUUCAGAUUCGCCUACAUCGAUGGAUCGAUAACAAUUGAUGGACUAGAUACAUCACUACUUGCGCGUCAGGGUCUUCGUUCAAAAAUUUCAAUUAUUCCACAAGAGCCAAUUCUAUUCUCUGCGACAAUUCGAUACAACUUGGAUCCAUUUGAUAUUUAUAGUGACGAUGAUAUCUGGAGAGCACUAGAACAGGUCGAUUUGAAGUCAGCUAUUCCUUCACUAGACUUCAAAGUUACGGAAGGAGGUGCUAAUUUCUCAGUAGGACAAAGACAACUAAUGUGCUUAGCGCGUGCUGUUCUACGGUCUAACCAGAUACUCAUCAUGGAUGAAGCUACGGCGAAUGUUGAUCCUCAGACCGACAAUUUCAUUCAAGAGACUAUCAGGCGUCAAUUCGUAUCAUGUACAGUAUUAACAAUAGCUCACCGUCUCAACACUGUUAUGGAUUCAGAUCGGGUACUCGUUAUGAGCAGCGGUGAGGUUGCAGAGUUCGAUCAUCCUUACGUGCUACUCUCUGACCCCAAUAGCCAAUUUUCAUCUAUGGUGAGGGAGACCGGCGAGAAAAAUAGUGCAGUGCUCUUCAAAGUGGCACAAGAUGCUUAUUUUAGAAGUAAUCUGCAAGAAAAUGCGAGAUAA